AUGCCGCGCGGGACUCGAGCCUGGUCACUGUUCCCAGAACACCACGGCUCGGUGGAAGAUCUCCUGCAAGAGGAGGGGCUCGAUUUCGAUUUUCAACACACCGACAGGGAGUCUGGCCAUAUCAAAGAGUAUGAUACCAAUGUCAUGGGCCGCUUCGCCUGCCCCAACGCAAACUGCACCCAGCAAGGCUGGUCCAGCAAGAAGAUCGCCGUCUGGAUCCGGCUGUACUCUGGCUCGCGAUACAAUGCGAGGGUUUACAAUCAGCGGUGCAAGUCCUGCAACUCGCUUAGCCGACCAACUUUAGAUGACUCGUACGCGGAACGAAUUGCGUACCGUCUAAAGAAGUGGUCCAACAUUGAGGUUAAACCACCUCCCUCUUCUGGUGGGAAUGGAAAACCGCACGAGAGGGAUCUGUGUGAGGGGUGCAAGAAUGGUCAUUGUGCAGACGGAGAGCUGAAGGAGAGGAUGAGAUCGUUUUGUUUUUAG